CCACCACUGACUCCCCUCCACCCCCCCCACCACCACCACCCCGGGGUGCGUUGCGGGCUGAUGUCGUCAGCACAACCGAGCGCGGACAGUGCGCGCUGCCGAGGAAACGUUCCCAUGAUGAUGUCGUCGUCUUCGUUCGUCGUCGUCGUGACUUAGCGCGGCCGUGCAACUGCUGAGGAACGGCAAGAGCGGCGGUGCAGAGGGAUUCGCGGCGUCGUCAAAGCGCAAGGAGUUGAGGCGGGUGGGGGGGGGACGAGAAGAGGCUUUUGACGGCGGCUCCUGGAGUCGGAAUGGCGAGCGGAGGCCUCGUUUCGUCGCGCGGCCCCGGCUCGGCACGGCCACUGCUGCCGUCCAUCUCGCUGCCGUUGAUAUCCGCGGGGACAGUUCGACUCCUACUAACACGAGCACAACAUCGAUUACAACAGCGCUGACUUGUUUAGGGGGGGCGGCGGCGUGGGGGGGGGGGGGUCACACUUGUUGUUGACGCGUGGGAAAGUGACAGCCGCUCUUGACGUUCGCUUGUCGCGAUCACCUCAGACGUGACCAUUGUCGUUCGGGGCCCAGGUGCACUUAUUUAUUGCCACCGAUUCCCCCGUUGUGGUGUCGUAGAAGCGACGCGAGUUGGGGGGGGGGGGGAGAGACGUUGAUUGUAUCGUGGGAGCGGGCGGUGGGGGGUAGAGGUCGCAGGUCUGCGUUGGAAGGCGACACUCGGGGUCAAGUUUAUUUUCAGUGAAUCGCCGUCGGUGAGGUGAAGGAGGAAGAGCGAGCGAGCACCUGGUGGUAGCACCACCACCAUCACCACCAUCAUCACCGCCGCCACCGCCGCCACCACCAGCGAGAUGGAGUUCCCCGGGUCAGCGGCCGAGGGCAGCAACCUGUACGCGCCGGACAGCGGCGUGCUGGAGACGGUCAAUGGGGAGGCGGACUCGACACUCGCAUCGAAGCUGGCGCUGGUGAGCCCCGACGCAGAGCAGUACGAGCGCCUACUGCAGCAGCUGCGAGAGCGUCUCUCCGAGGGCCAGGGCGAGACCAUCUACGUCAUCGGGCAGGGCAGUGAUGGCGGAGAGUACGGGCUGGGCGAGGACGACAUGGUGGCGUCAGCGGCGACGCUGGAGGGCAUGGCGGGGCAGUGCGAUGCCGAGAUCGUGCUGCUGCGCGAACGCUCCGAGCCGGGCGGGCGAGCGCGCGAGUACCUCGUGCGGCGCAACGUGGCUGACAACGACUUCCUGGAGGUCAGGGUGGCGGUGGUGGGCAACGUGGACGCGGGCAAGUCGACGCUGCUGGGCGUGCUGACCCACGGUGAGCUGGACAACGGCCGUGGCUUCGCGCGCCAGAAGCUCUUCCGGCACAAGCACGAGAUGGAGUCGGGGAGGACGAGCAGCGUGGGCAACGACAUCCUGGGCUUCGACAGCGCCGGCAACGUGGUGAACAAGCCCGACGCGCAUGCCAGCGGCCUCGACUGGACACGCAUCUGCGAGAAGUCGUCCAAGGUCAUCACCUUCAUCGACCUGGCAGGGCACGAAAAGUACCUGAAGACCACGGUGUUUGGCAUGACGGGUCACCUGCCCGACUUUUGCAUGCUCAUGGUGGGCAGCAACGCGGGCAUCGUGGGCAUGACCAAGGAGCACCUGGGCCUCGCGCUCGCCCUCAAUGUCCCCGUGUUCGUGGUCGUCACCAAGAUCGACAUGUGCCCGCCCAACGUGCUGCAAGACACGCUGAAGCUGCUGCAGAGGCUGCUGAAGUCGCCCGGUUGCCGCAAGAUCCCGGUGCUGGUGCAGACGCGGGACGACGUGGUGGUGACUGCGACCAACUUCACGUCGGAGCGCAUCUGCCCCAUCUUCCAGAUCUCCAACGUGAGCGGCGAGAACCUGGACCUGCUCAAGAUGUUCCUCAACCUCCUGUCAGCGCGCAUGGGCUUCAGCGAGGCCGAGCCCGCCGAGUUCCAGAUCGACGACACCUACUCCGUGCCGGGCGUGGGCACGGUGGUGUCAGGCACGGUGCUCCGAGGCCUCAUCCGCCUCAACGACACGCUGCUGCUGGGCCCCGACCCGCUGGGCGCCUUCACGGCAAUCGCCGUCAAGAGCAUCCACCGCAAGCGCAUGCCGGUGCGCGAGGUGCGCGGCGGGCAGACCGCCUCCUUCGCCCUCAAGAAGAUCAAGCGCGCGUGGAUCCGCAAGGGCAUGGUGAUGGUGUCACCACGCGUCAACCCUCAGGCUUACUGGGAGUUCGAGGCUGAGAUCCUGGUCCUCCACCAUCCGACGACCAUCAGCCCACGCUACCAGGCCAUGGUGCACUGUGGGAGCAUCCGGCAGACGGCCACGAUCCUGGGCAUGAGCCGCGACUGCUUGCGCACGGGCGACAAGGCCAACGUGCAUUUCCGCUUCAUUAAGAGCCCCGAGUUCUUGCACCCGGACACCCGCCUCGUGUUCCGGGAGGGCCGCACGAAAGCCGUGGGCACCAUCACCAAACUCAUCUCCAGCGUCAACACGGCGCCCACCAACAUGAAGACGCAGCAGGUGAAGAUGCAGCCCAGCAAGAAGGGAGGCUUCGGCACCAAUGCGGGGCACCACGGAGCCGCGCCGGGCACGCCCGGGGCGGCCGCUGGGGAUGCCGGCGCCGAGGCUGGAGCCUCGUCGUCGUUGGAGGACGCGACGGCGCAGGUGGCGGCACAGGGAACACAGUCACAAGGAGAGGAGGCAGACAAGGAGAAGGGAAGGGGCAGCGGCAAACGGCGGGGAGGUCAACGGCAGCGAGGCAAGCAGGCAUCCCAGACGGCCGUGCAGGUCACCUCGUAGAGGGGUCCUUCCUGGUACCUGCCCACGCCCCCCCGCGCCUCCUCUCGUUGUCAAGGCAACAGAGGAGCCCCCCCCCCCCCCUUUUUCCAUGCCUCCGUGGCCACCAUGCCUGCCUGGUCGCGUACAAGCCCCCGCUUUCUUUCUCGUAUCGCACGCACGACGGGCGGAAGAGAAGGUGUAAAAACGCCCGUGUUGUUUUUAAUUAAACGUUAGGUGUGCGACAUUUCAACAAUUAUCCGAUAUUGCUGGGGGGGGGGGGGGGGGGGAAGUAUCGAAAGAAAAUUUCUCGCGUAGACACAAGAGAGAGAGAAAACACACGGCCGCAGCUCGCAGUCGCAAACGACGGGCGGAAUCGAUCGGCGAACAGGUAAAGGUUUUAGCAACGUUGAACUUUAUAAUUGUUUUAAUUGAAAAUGUAUAAAGAGAAAAUAAAAUAAAGUUCCACUUGGGAGGUGUGUAACAAAAACAACAAAAACAUUACCGUCACCGGUGACGUCUCGUUGGGAGAUGCCCAACGAGGUGUCUUCCUCCGCAGCCCGGAGGAAAUCUGUGCGGCAGCUCGCUCGCCCGUCACAUCAUCACAUGGUCAGGGUUCAUCUCGUCACCGAAUGCAUGCGGUCCCCCCCCUCCCGCCAACAGGAACCCAAACGACCCCUCACCCUCCAAUCGCUCGUUGCUGUAGGCCUCAGGAUGAAUAAUUAAAAUGUUUUCGCUUGCUGCGUGUGGUUUUGUUUUAGUAGUUUUACUUAAUAAAGACAUUUCCCCUAAA